AUCUACGAAGAAGCCCUUACGGGGAGAACCGCGACUUACGGAUCAUUCCAUCGCCAGAUUCGUCGAACAGCUUAUAGUCUGCGUCACGAUCUAUCGAUCCAACCAGGAGAUAUUGUGUCAAUCUCUGGAUUCAGCUCCAUUGAGUACAUUCUGACUGCUCAUGCCGUCUGGUGGACCGGUGGCAUUGUGAGCCCAAUCAACAACAGUCUCCAUCCCGAUGAGUUAUCUCGGGCUAUCGAUCUUGUCAAGCCAAGAUGUCUAAUAUUCACGAUAGGAGAACCGACCGGCGCAAAAUGGCCACCUUUACCAAUCAACUACUCGCCCUCCAUCGACGAAGAACCCGAGCUGCGGAAUCCUAUCCGGCCCCAUACCUUCAAUCCCAAGAAAGCUUGCGCAGCGAUCCUACUUUCAAGUGGAGCAACCGGCAUGUCAAAAGCAGUCAUGCUCUCGCACUACAACCUCGUCGCCCCCUGCUUCCAGCUCCGAGAGGAUAAUCCACAGAACUGGCGUGGAAGUCAACGAGAGAUAUUCUUUCCGCCCUUAUCACAUAUCUAUGCGCUGUACGUCUGCUUCACGAUGGGUCUGUGGCUGGGUGCAUAUGUCUGUCUUAUGCCCCGGUUUGACCUGGAGCCCUAUUGUCGCCUGCUCAAGGACAGGAAAGCUACGCUCGCGAGAGUCUUGCCUUCCAUCUCGAGGAUGUUGGCUGAGAGCCCUGUUGUACGUCAGUACAAGUAUCCAUCCUUGGAGUAUUUCAGUUGCUCUGCUGCACCGUUGCAUGUACGUGAAAAUGUCCAUUUGAGUGGCAUUGUCCGACUAAGCCAACUAACACGGUCGUUCGAUUACGAUGGGCACUUGGAUACUAAUAAUAUAUUCGCAGCAUAUGGAUGUACUGAGCUAUCUGGACCAUGUGUUCAGAGUGGAGUGCGUGAUAGAGGGCUUCCACUCUCUGCUUCUGGCACUGUGAUUGCAAACAGUGAGAUCCGAUUCUUGGGUCUGGAUGGUAAAGAUGUCGGGGCACGAGGACCUGAAGAGACAGCAAAAGCCAUGUUUGAAGAUGGAUGGCUCCGCACCGGAGACUUGGGAUACAUGGACGAGAAGGGAUACCUGUACAUCUAUGAUCGUUUGAAAGAAAUGAUCAAGUAUAAGGGAUUUCAGGUUUCGCCAUCUGAGUUGGAGAACAUUAUCAUUCAGCAUCCCUUGGUACAUGAGGCUGCUGUAAUCGGCGCUUGGAGCUCCACGGAAGACACGGAGAUACCUCAGGCAUUUGUGGUAUUGAAGAAUGCACAAGGUAAUGCUCAAGGGGUUGCGAAGGAUGUCUCGGAUUUUGUGUCAACUAAGGUUUCUAACUACCAAAAGUUGAGGGGGGGGGGGGGGGGUUGUUAUAAUUGA